AACUCCAGGUUACCAGGUACUUCAAUAGCCGCAGAGAAAAUGGGAGCUGUAUUGAUUCCAAACAAACUCACGAGUUAUGUAUGUAACUAUCAACAGUGGAGAUCUUCAUCUCUUUCGUUUUUUCACUCCCACAAUCUUUCUGGCAUCAUUGAUGGGACAGACACUCGUCCUCAUCAGCCAGUUCAGCAUCCUGACUUUACUAAAUGGUACCUAAGAGAUCAAGAGGCUUUGAAGUGGUUUAAAAACACUCUAUCUAAAGGUCUCCAGCAACAUGUCAUGGCCGAUGCUGACUCUUCGCGGAAGGUCUGGCUCAAUCUUGAGAACCACUUUGCCAGUCUUUCUUACGCUCGCAUCUAUACACUCAAAUAUCAUCUACACAAUGUAAAGAAAGAUGUUACCAUAUCAAUGACGGGCUCUCUGAAAGUGAAAACUAUCAAACAUUUUGCGGACUUGCUUGCAGCUGAAGGUGCUCCUCUUGAGUACGGUGAAUUAGUUCAUGUACACAUCCUGGCAGAGUGGCAGGUUUACCGGAGGAGUAUAAUCCCAUUCGUAGGAUGAACAUUUCUCCUGUGAGUAGUUGGGAUGAGCUGCAACAGUUACUGUUGGAACAGGAAGAGAAAAUACAUCUUGAUGAACAACGGAGUACUGCCAUUAGGCAACCCAUACAGCUGCCUCCACCGCGCAUUAUUUCACCUACACCACAGCGUAUUAUUUCUCCUCCCAUCUUCUUUUGCUGGCAAUAUUAUUUCAUCUGCACCACCACGUAUUAAUAAUAAUAUUUCCGAUCAUCUAUUUCCCUCUCAUGGCUGCCGCGAAGAAAACCAUGCAGUUGGGAUUGAUCUGGGAACAACGCAUUCCCGUGUAGCCGUGUGGCACAAAGAUCAUGUAGAAAUCAUACUGAACGAUCAGGGCAACAGGAAGACUCCAUCUUAUGUUGCAUUCUCUGAAACUGAUGAGAGGUUGGUAGGUGACCAAGCAUUUAAUCAAGUCGUGAGAAACAGCGCCAACUCAAUCUAUGAUACAAAGCGGUUACUUGGUAGGAAAUUCAGUGACACCUUUGUUCAAAGUCAUGUCAAUCUGUGGCCAUUCAAGGUCAUUGAAGGUCCAGCUGACAACCCAAUGAUUGUGGUUACCCACAAUGGCCAAGAGAAACGAGUUUCUAUUGAAGAAAUCACAUCCAUGGUUCUGGAAAAGAUGCGGAAGAUUGCUGAUACCUACCUGGGCUCAACUGUGAAAAAUGCAGUUAUCACUGUCCCCGCUUACUUCAAUGACUCACAGCGUCAGGCUACAAAAGAUGCUGGUGUUUCUGCUGGCUUAAAUGUGAUGUGCAUUAUUAACGAACCAAGUGCUGCUGCCAUUGCUUAUGGCCUUCACAAGAAGGCCGGUUGGACUCGCAUGAGAAAUGUGUUGAUAUUUGAUUUGGGUGAUGGUACUUUAGAUGUGUCAUUGCUUACCAUGACUAGUUCUGGUGAUUUUCAAGUCAAGGCAACGGUUGGAGACACUCACCUUGGGGGUGAAGACUUUGAUAACAGAAUGGUCAACUAUUGUGUUGAGGAAUUCAAGAGCAAGUAUAAAUUGGAUGUUAGUAGAAACUUUAGAGCUCUUAGGAGGUUAAAAAAUCAAUGUGAGAAGGCAAAAAAGGGACUCUCAUUUGAAUCUGAUAUUGAAAUUGAAAUUGACUGUUUGUGCGAGAAUACGCGUACUGAUUUCACCAUAAUUAUUAUUCGUGCUCAAUUUGAACACCUAAACUUGGAUUUAUUCAUGAAGUGUAUGGAGCCUGUUGAGAAGUGUUUGAGGGAGGCUAACAUGAACAUAAGCAGUGUGGAUGACGUUGUUCUUGCUGGUGGCUCUUCUAGAAUUCCAAAGGUGCAACAGCUACUACAGGAGGUUUUCAAGGGGAAGGAGCUGUGCAAGGGCAUUAAUCCAGAUGAGGCUGUGGCAUAUGGCGCCGCUGUUUGUGGAUGUCACUCCUCUGCCACUUUUUGUGGAGGGUACAGAUUAUGAUUCAAGUUUUGGAUUUGAUUCCAAAAUGCUCUAGAAUUCCUGUGACGAACGUAUUAUAUCUUUCUACCGUUAAGGACAACCAAGACACCAUCGAUUUCCGCAUAUAUGAGGGCGAGAGUAGCAUACCGGAGAAUAGUUACUUUUUGGGUGAAUGUAGCCUCCGGGACAUUCCUCCAACACGAGAAAUUUUUAGUUGUGACGGGAACACAAAUGG